AUGUCAUCCUUAGCCAAUUCUAACCUUUUUAAACCAAUCCAAGUUGGGGACGUUGUCCUCAAAACAAGAUUGGCAUACGCUCCAAGUACAAGAUUAAGAGCUUCCAAAGAUGGUGUUGCAACCGAUUCCAUGUUAGAGUAUUACUCGGAGAGGGCUAAAAACAAUGGUGGGUUAAUUGUGUUUGAAGGGACUUCACCGAGAAGAGAUUUUGGUUGCUUCCCAAAUCAGCCAAUUUUGGAAACAAAGCAACAAGUUGAAGCGCAGAAGAAGAUAGUUGAUGCCAUUCAUAGCAAUGGCUCAUAUGCAGCAUCUCAAUUGUUGCAUUUUGGCAGAGCUGUGUCACCUCAACUUGCAAAGUUAUUCAAUAUACCCUUUGUUGGACCUUCUGCAAUCUAUAUCGACGAAGCAAAUAAGGAGGCAGCAAAAGUGGAAGGCGUUGAGUUGAAAGAAUUGUCAAAGGACGAAAUUAAGGAUAUUGUCAAAGAAUUUGCAGAUAGUGCCAAGAGAGCAGUAAACGAAGCUGGUUUUGACUUCGUGGAAGUUCAUGGUGCUCAUAUGUUUUUGAUUGAUCAGUUCAUCCAAACCUCUGCUAACCAAAGAACAGAUGAGUAUGGCGGAUCAAUUGAAAAUAGAUCAAGAUUUUUGCUAGAAGUUAUUGAUGCUUGUAUUGAAGCAGUUGGAGCAAAGCAUGUGGCUGUUAGGCUUUCUCCUUAUGCCGAGAUUCAAGGAGGUCUGGGAAAGAACUCUGAAGUCAAUCCUAUUGUCAUUUGGGGUUACAUUUUGAGUGAAAUACAAAAUCGGGCUGACAAAGGAGAUGAACUAGCGUAUAUAUCGGUUGUUGAGCCUAGAAUCCAAGGUGACAACGAAGGGGAUGAAAAGGACAGCAAAAUUAAUUUUUCAUGGCCUCGUUUGCUUUGGAAGGGUAUUCUUUUCAGAGCAGGUGCAUUCCUUGAUCCAGAUCAUCUGGAGAAGCUUGCAAAGAACAUUGAUGGUGAUGAUAAACUUAUCAUUGGUAUUUCUCGUUACUACACCUCAAACCCAGAUCUUUCCGAUAGACUAAAAAGGGGUCUGCCACUAACACACUAUGAUCGGAGCAAGUUCUACAAUGCAUUUUCAAACGAUGGCUACUUGAACUUCCAACCUUAUGGAAAGGAAGAAGUUCAUACAAAAGAUGAUGUCGAACCUAAACCUUUGGCCUAA